GGUUAUGACUGGACAAACAACAAACCAUCCAUACUGUACAUCUCCAAAUGAUCGGCAACCAGGCCAACGCGACGCGACACUCUUACCGUAAUCAAGCAUAGCUCUUUCUCACCUUUGACCCGACGGUACUUUAGAAUUUCCGCUUCCACCGCAGGGUCAGCAACGAAUCCCGAAAAUAAGCACCCCGGAGUGACAGGGUCAGCUAGAGUGGCGGGGACACGGAGACACCCGCACCUUUCGUUACUCAGCUGGAUCACAUUGAUCUGACCGUCAGUGUAUCCUGUUGCUUCUCCAGCGCCUUCAUACUGCAAAUGGUCACAACCAGAUGAGCCACAGCAACCCGCCGACAGGAGCUUCGGGCGGUCCGGGCUCGGCGUCGGCCUCGGCAGCUCCGGCGCGCGGGUAUUACUCGCUGAAGCGCAGCAUCCAGACCGCCUUCAAUGACCCCUUAGACCGGGGCCUUGGCCCACCAGCUUACCAGAGCAAGGUUAGGGUCAUGGACAAGUACCAAGUUAUUGGCUUCAUUAGCAGUGGAACCUAUGGUCGAGUCUACAAAGCCCGUGGCCGCCAGGGCCAGCCGGGAGAGUUCGCCAUCAAGAAAUUCAAGCCGGACAAGGAAGGCGAGCAGAUCACGUAUACAGGCAUCUCGCAGUCAGCCAUCCGCGAGAUGGCUCUCUGCUCCGAGCUCCGGCACCCCAACGUCAUCCGCCUCGUCGAGACAAUCCUAGAAGACAAGGCCAUAUUCAUGGUGUUCGAAUACGCUGAGCACGACCUGCUGCAGAUUAUCCACCAUCACACGCAGCAGCCCAAGCACCCCAUCCCACCGCAAACCAUCAAGAGCAUAAUGUUCCAGCUUCUCAACGGGUGUCAGUACCUGCACACCAACUGGGUUCUGCACCGUGAUCUCAAACCCGCCAACAUCAUGGUCACGUCCUCGGGAGAGGUCAAGGUUGGCGACUUGGGUCUGGCCCGCAUCUUCUGGAAACCCGUGCGUACCCUCAUGCAGGGCGAUAAGGUAGUCGUGACGAUAUGGUAUCGCGCACCAGAGCUGCUCAUGGGUUCACACCACUACACGCCCGCGGUGGACAUGUGGGCCGUGGGAUGCAUCUUUGCAGAGUUGUUGAGCCUGAGGCCAAUCUUCAAAGGCGAGGAGGCCAAAAUGGACAAUACCAAGAAGGGAGGCAGCCGAGACAUGCCGUUCCAGCGCCACCAGAUGCAAAAGAUCGUCGACAUAAUGGGCAUGCCGACAAAGGAGCGGUGGCCACUAUUAACCAGCAUGCCCGAUUACGACAAGCUGCCACUACUACAGCCACCCCUCAGCGCUUCGGGCUACUCCCAACAGCCGGCUCACAGCCAUCACCACCACCAACACUACAACCAAGGGCCCCAGUAUGGAGGCAGGGCGGGCGGCCCCACGUCCUCGUCGUCUGCAAACUCGUCGUCUGCAGCCGCGGCGGCAAGCCAAUCCCACCUCGACAAGUGGUACUACCACACCGUCUCGCAGGGCCAGACAGCGGGGCCGAUGCCGCACGCGCCGCCGGGCAGUCUGGCGUCGCUAGGAGUCGAGGGCUACAAGCUCCUGGCGGGGCUUCUAGAGUACGACCCAGAGAAGCGGCUGACGGCCGCGGCCGCGCUGCAGCACAACUUUUUCAGCACAGGUGACAGGGUCAGCGCCAACUGCUUCGAGGGCUGCAAGGCCGAGUACCCACACCGUCGCGUCAGCCAGGAGGACAACGACAUACGCACUGGCAGCGUCCCCGGUACCAAGAGAAGUGGGAUGCCGGACGACUCGAUGGGAAGGCCCGGGAAGCGAGUCAAGGAGUGAAAAAGCAUAAUCAUUACUCGGGGCGUCGCUUUGGUUACAGGCUUUUGCCGAUGUUUUUUUUUUUUUUCUCUUUUUCUGGUUAGGCUUGGUCAAUUGCCUUUGGAGUUCCAGCCGCUGCUGUUUGUUCUCUUUGGGUUCUGGGUUCGUCUAUUGUUAUGUAUUGGGAUACCUAUUAUAGGCGUACGGCGUUUUAAAUACAUGGCACGGUCAAAGGUAUAUUGUUUCUUCAAUAGUGUUGGUGUAAGCCAACAAAAACUCCUGUUGAGAUUAUGGGCGUGAUUGCUGUGCCAAAAACUGUCACCAUUUUUUACAUAAACUGCAAGUGCA